GGAGCUAUCCGCCUAGGCGUAACAGAACUGUCCAAGCUAUUACAUAGUAGGCUUGGCCUGAUGAGACGAGAAUACUUCGGAUCUAAUAGUUCGAGAAUGGUUCUAGUAUGACAGUCGGAUAGCUUGUACAUAAUUGUUUUUUUUUAUUACUCGACUCAUCGUGGAUCGUGGCAUGUGGCAUGUGUGUAUAACAUAGUCUUGGCCUCUGUAUAUAAAAUAGGGCAUCAGUCUGGGGGAUAAUUCUAGCUACACAUCCAUCAAUCUACAUCAGAUCCAAGAUCAACUACUAUAACUACUAUCAAUCAGAUUAAUCAAUUAGAUCAAAGCAUCUAUAAACCAAUAAUCAAUCAUGCAGGGUGAUAUCUUUCAGCUUGAGCAAUUGGCCGCCACUCAGGUCGUCGCUCACGUCGAACCCAGCACUGCCCCAGAAGACACCAAGAUCGAUCCCCAGGUCGCCAUCUAUAACGAGGACGACCUUUCACAUCUACUCUAUGUGAACCAUCUGCACCGCAACGGCCACAAGGACAAGGUUAUCGUCAACCACGUCUACCGUGACGGCUACACAACACCACUAGAGUCCCUGCCAUCGGGUACACAGACGCCCGAAUCAGAGACCAACGAAACCCCGGUUCUCAGCGACUGCGAGUCCGACUUCGACGAAGGUGUGUACUUACCAUCCUCACUGGAUCCCUAUUCCCGGAAGAGUCCACUAAGAUUUGAAGACGGCUUCCAAUUUCCCGUUUUCCUCGGCAGACAAGAGGAGGAGACGACACAUCCUGCGGCAUCCGUGUCCGAACUAGACGCUCGGCCGAGACAGGUCCGCAUAGCUUCGCCGGAAGAAGAUCACAUCUCCAACAUCUCGGGGCCGCUGAUGUCGUGGUGGCCCACCUCGGAGGAGCUGAUGGAGCACGAAUGGGCCGAGGAAGAAGCCCCUAAGAAGCCGUCGCAACAUCAGCACGUCUCCAAUAUUGAGGGUCCCCUAAUGUCCUGGUGGCCUCUUCCGGUCCAGGUACUGGAACACGAAUGGGACGAACGGUUCUACGAAUAAAGAGGCUGCGCUGCAGUGACGCUUCUCUCUUCCUCUUUGGUGAUUUUUUUUUGGCGUUAAAAACGGGCGUGGAGUUCGGUGCAUUUUUCAGCUUAUACAUAUUAUACCCUGGCGUCAGUUUUACUCAUAACCCAUCUACGCAGAAUAAGCCCUCGAGCCUAUAGAUUUCUUGUUUUUUUUUUCUAUCGGGAUCCGACAGGCUUAUGGAGUUCAAACGAGGCCAGGGGAAUAAGUCUACGAUUGUGUGUAUGUAUGUGAUGAAUAGGAAUAGGAAUAGGAAUAGGUUUCGGUUUCGCAGGCUCAUUUCGGGCCGCGAAGGGAAUAUGAUCGGAUAGCGUUUAUAUAAGAUGUCCUAGGGAACAAUACAAUAACUCUACUUCCCCAUGAAAA